AAAAAUAAAUUAUCAUUUUUCUUUGGGAUAUAAUCCCCCAUGAGAAAGACAAAGAAAGCUGGCGACACCUUUACAUCGUCUGUAUCUUAUGAGUGUUUCGUUUGGUUUUCCAUGGAAACAAACAAAACCGUCUCUUUUUGCGCUACAAAACCCAAGCGAGCCUCAACAGGUUCUUCACUGUUUCACAUACUUCACAUAGAGAUAGAUUACAGGGAAAGAGCGAGAAAGCGAUGGAGGGUGUUGAGCACCGGACGGUGAAGGCCAACGGGAUUAAUAUUCAUGUAGCAGAGAAAGGAGAAGGUCCGAUCAUUCUAUUCAUUCAUGGCUUCCCUGAGUCGUGGUACUCCUGGCGCCACCAGAUCCACGCUCUUGCUUUGCUCGGCUACCGGGCCGUGGCUCCUGACCUCCGCGGUUACGGUGACAGCGACGCGCCGUCGGAUGUGGGCAGCUACACCUGUCUCCACGUGGUCGGGGACCUCAUCGGAGUUCUGGACGCCAUGGGCGCUGAUAAGGUGUUCGUGGUUGGACAUGACUGGGGAGCCAUUAUUGCUUGGUACCUGUGCUUGUUUCGGCCUGACAGAGUGAAGGCUCUGGUGAACAUGAGCGUGGCCUACUUUCCAAGGAACCCAAUGCACAAGCCCCUGGAGAUUUACCGUCACCUCUAUGGAGAUGACUUCUACGUAUGCAGAUUUCAGGAGCCUGGACAAAUUGAAAUUGAGAUAGCUGAGGUUGGAACUGCUACAGCUUUGAAGUCGAUUUUUGCAAAUCGUGAUCCCAGUCCACCAUGUUUGCCGAAAGGAAAAGCCUUUCAAGAUGUAUCAGGCGCUCCAAUUGUGUUGCCGCCUUGGUUGCCGGAGGAAGAAGUUAAUUUCUACGUUACCAAAUUUGAGGAGACAGGCUUCACUGGAGGAAUAAACUACUACCGAAAUUUUGACCGGAACUGGGAACUCACAGCGCCAUGGACAGGGAGUCAAAUUAAAGUACCAACCAAGUUUAUGGUGGGCGACAUGGACCUAACGUAUCACUUCGCAGGUGCCAAGGAAUAUAUACAUAGCGGUGAAUUCAAGAAGAAUGUGCCACUGUUGGAGGAAGUAGUUGUAAUGGAAGGAGUAGGCCAUUUUCUGCAUGAAGAAAAGGCAGAUGAGAUCAACAAACACAUCCAUGAUUUCUUUCAGAAGUUCUGAUUUGCUUUCACUCUCCAUCCUCCACGUCCCUUCAGCUGUCUUUUUUUGGGUGCAAUAACUGGGAACAAGCUUAUGAGUACAGGAUCCAAGUGCUCAAAGGCAGUUGAUCUCCUGUUCUCCAUUUUCUGGUUUCUCAUCCAUAUCGCUGAGGGCAUUUGAAUACUUGGAGAAAAGUGCUAGUAUUGCUUUUUCGCCUGUCAGAAAAAAUUAUAAGAAAUUAUGAGUGAGUAGAUAAUAUUUGCUUGACAGUGAUGUUUAUGGGCGAAACAGUCCAGUUAGAAUGCAAAUAAUAUAUUUAUAUAUAUAAAUAAAUUUUGUAUGAA